AUGCCUGGAUCACCUGGAUUCAGUUACUUUCUUGGUACUCCUUGUAAAGAAUGGGAUUCUUACAUGUAUCAUGAAGCAUGGAAAAAUGCUGGACUUUCUAUGAAUAAAAAUACAUUAAUGCGGGCAUUUAAUAAACAAGUUGAGUUGAUAAAAGAAGCCUAUCACAAUUCUAGCAGCUACCCAUGGGACUACGUCUCCGUUACAGCCAGUUUGUGA